CUUAACAAGCUUCAGUUUCUUUCUCGUUGCUUAAAUACUUGCAAAUUUCUAAGUUCAGAGAACAAGCUUUGUAUUAUAUAUACCAUUUUUUUAGUAAAACCAUGAUAAGUGGGGGAGAUGUUUACAAGGUCAUCGAAGCAAUGGUUCCACUCUAUGUUGCCCUAAUCUCAGGCUAUGGUUCGGUGAAAUGGUGGAACAUCUUCACUCGUGAUCAAUGUGAUGCCAUAAACCAACUCGUUUACUAUUUCACCCUACCACUUUUCACCAUCGAGUUCACGGCUCAUGUCGACCCAUUCAACAUGAAUUACCGGUUCAUUGCAGCAGAUGUUCUCUCUAAGAUCAUCAUAAUUGCGGUCUUAGCGUUUUGGGCCAAAUAUAGCAGCAAAGGAAGUUAUUGUUGGUCCAUUACAAGUUUCUCUCUAUGCACUCUUACUAACUCUCUUGUGGUGGGUGUGCCAUUGGCAAAGGCGAUGUAUGGACAAGAGGCUGUUGAUCUCGUGGUUCAAUCCUCAGUGUUUCAGGCAAUCGUGUGGCUCACACUCUUGUUGUUUGUCUUAGAGCUUAGAAGAGCCGGCUUUAGUAGUAAUAAUAAGGUAGAUGACAUCAAUAUCGAAGGUGGUAGAAAGGAAACAGUGGUUGUGAGAGAGGAGAAGUCGUUCCUUGAGGUCAUGUCCGUCGUGUGGUUGAAGCUUGCAACGAAUCCGAAUUGCUAUUCUUGUAUCCUUGGAAUCGCAUGGGCUUUUAUAUCUAACAGAUGGCAUUUUGAGAUGCCGGGCAUAAUAGAGGGAUCGAUUCUUAUAAUGUCAAAAGCAGGAACAGGAACUGCCAUGUUCAAUAUGGGGAUAUUCAUGGCACUUCAAGACAAGUUGAUAGUAUGUGGAACAAGCUUGACUGCGAUGGGGAUGGUCUUGAAAUUUAUUGCCGGACCCGCCGCCAUGGCCAUUGGUUCAAUCGCGGUUGGCCUCCACGGAGAUGUUCUCCGCGUCGCCAUCAUUCAGGCUGCUUUGCCACAAUCAAUCACUUCGUUUAUUUUUGCUAAGGAGUACGGAUUACAUGCAGAUGUUCUAAGCACAGCGGUGAUAUUUGGGAUGUUGGUCUCUUUACCAGUCCUCGUCGCCUACUAUGCAGCUUUGGAGUUUAUUCACUAAUUAAAGUAAAAUGUCAGUUAUAUAUCAAUGAUAUAUCACCUAAUUUUAUGUUUUUUUUUAAGUUUAUAUUUGAGGUAUGGAAAAAACCAUGAAUCAAUCAGACUAAUUAAUGUUGAAAACAUAUAUCUAUAGUUUAAUGUAUAAGCUUUGUUUUCCCGGAAGUAUGUACUAGUAAUUUAAUAUUUCAGAUUCGGAUAUGAGUUUUGUAUUUCUU